UUUUAGGACAGAAACAUAUGUGGGUUUUGGCCCAUUCGUAUCGCUCAUCACAACACAUGUUCCUUUCUUUAUAAUUGCAAUUCAACAAAACCCUAACUCCAAGCCUUCACUCCUCCUUUCAUCACUUCGGCAGUCACAGAAUCCUCGUAGCCGAAAAUGCCAUUCAAGAGGUACGUUGAGAUUGGAAGGGUUGCUCAGAUCAACUACGGCAAAGAGUAUGGGAGGCUAGUAGUCAUUGUCGACGUCAUUGACCAGAACAGAGCUCUUGUGGAUGCUCCCGAUAUGGUGAGGUCCCAAGUGAACUUCAAGAGGCUGUCACUCACUGACAUUAAGAUUGAUAUCAAGAGGGUCCCAAAGAAGAAGGAUCUCAUUCAAGCCAUGGACGCCGCUGAUGUUAAGAACAGGUGGGAGAAAAGUUCAUGGGGCAGAAAACUGAUUGUGCAAAAGAGAAGGGCAUCCCUCAAUGACUUUGACAGGUUCAAGAUUAUGUUGGCAAAGAUCAAGGUUGGUUUCAUCCUACAUCUCUAUUCUCACACUUUUAGUUUUGGUAUUACUCUUCUAAUAUCAAAUGGCUUUUAUGUAUAAGAAAAGCCAGGAGCCUGUUCUAGUGCGUUGACAUAUGAUGAUGUAGUGGUUUUAUGUUUUGGCUUUGAAGUUAACUUACAAUUUUUUUAUUUUCAACUUCUGCAGAGGGCAGCAGUUGUUAGGCAAGAGCUUGCCAAGCUGAAAAAGAGUGCUUCUUAGACCUAAUUUCAUGUGCAAUUUCCAAAUUUUGCUAUGAAUUUCUUUCUUAGUUUACUUUUAUUACAUGAGUUUUUAUUAUGUAUCAUUGACAGAUUUCCUAGAAAUGUUUAUUUUUGAGAUCUUGUGUUACUGAUGAAUUGAUGCCAGUUCUCCCAAA